AUGGAUAUAAAUAACACGGGCUCUGAUGCCUCCUCUUAUUCGGGUCAAAUUAAGGCAAAACGCCUGGGCGUUGAUUUCGACAUGACAUUAGCCGUGAAUAUUGCUACAUCUGCUUCCAACUUGAAAUCUGAGCUGGCUCAAAAAGAAAUGAAAGGCUUUGGUACUGAUGUUGGUAUGGCCCUGGGACUCAAUACCAGUACGUUUACUACUGACCAGCCAUUUGAUUCUGCUCACUAUCGCACGAAACGCUUUGGUGCGAAUUUUGGUAUCAACUUUGGCCUCAAUACAACUGCCUCUAUUCCUAGUCAGCCUAAAAAGAGACGCUUUGGUGCUGAUUUUUGCGUCCAAUUUGGCUUCAGUACUACCACUUUCACUCCUGCCCAACUCAAAACGAGACGUAUUGGUGCUGAUUUUGGUCUCAAGCUUGGCUUUACUGUUCUCAAAAGAUACAUUACAUCAAGUGCCAAUGUCACCAGCCAUCCUACGGAUACAAACUGCUCAGAUGACACUUGGGAAAUGGUGGAACAAGACUGUAACCAUGACCCCAUUUCUAUCUAG